CGCACGGGCCCAAUGGUUGCCCAGCAGCGGGGAGGGGGGCGGAGCUCCGCCCCUCCCGGGAAGUAAGCGGCGGCCAUGGCGGCGGCGGAGACUCCGCUCACCGGCGUAGCCUGGGCCGCCGCGCCCGAGGCGCUCCCCGCUGGCUGGACGGCGAUCACCGUUACCGUGGAGGGCGCGGCGGCCAACCUGGGCAAGGGCUUCGGGCACAAGAGCGGCGGGUACCUCUGCGUGAGCACCGGCGGAGGCCAGGCGGCUGCGGGGCCGGUGGUGACCGACGUUGUGGUGCUGAGCGACCGGAGCCCGCAGCCCCCGGGCUACACCCGCGCCCCCGAGUUCCCGGAGCCUCGAACCGGCAUCUCCCGGAAAAAACGGCUCUACGUGAAGCUGUCGCCGGUGGACGCCGCCGAGACGGCCGUGGUGGACGUGCAGCUGAGCGCCAAGAGCAAAGCGCUCCCCCAGUACAUGAAAAUCGGGGAAAUGGGUAAUUUUGCCAUUUGGUGUAAAAAAGGGCCGGUUUUGAAACGCAGCCCCCCACCCGUCCCCAAGCCCCGCAGCAUCAGCGCCGGCCUGAGGCACCUCUCGCUCCAGGCCUCGGACUCCGAUCAAAAGUCGCCCCCGGCUCGCUGCAGCAUCAAACGCGCGGCUCAGCACGAAGCCCUUUACGACGCCUCCAACGUCUACGGCCUCUCGGCGAUGGACGGGGUCCCCUUCACGCUGCACCCCAAGUUCGAGAGCAAGCUCAGUUCCGGCAGCAACGCUAUUCUUGCAGACCUCAACGUUAAAUCGCUCGCCGAUAUCGAGAGAGAGUACAAUUACGCUUUCGUAGUGGAACGAACGGCGGCCGCCAGGCUCCCACCCGGCGUUUGUUAGCACCGGGGUCCGCCUCCAGGCCGCCAAACGCCCCCUCGGGCCUCGCUCCUCUCUCUCUCGCGGGAUGAAAUUUCGGGGGACGUGAAGAAACGCCAACGCUACCCCCUCAGGGGAAUCGCUUCGGGAGGAAAAAAAAAAUAAAUAAAGGUCUUUCUUUGCUCUUCUCA